AUGCAAGCUUUCGAUCCGUCAGUAUCGCUGAAGUCAAGCGCAGCGUUCAACCCAUCAGGCCUUGCCGGCAAAAGCGUGAUCAUCACAGGCGGCGCCUCUGGACUCGGCGAGCAGUUCGCUCACGACUUCGUCAAAUAUGGAGCAUUCGUCACCAUUGGCGACGUCAACGAGGAGAAUGGUCGGAAAGUCGUCGAAGCACUAGGAGGAGGAAAGAAAGCAGCGUUUGUGAAAUGCGACGUUAUGUCGUGGUCAGACCAACUCAAGCUGUUCAAGACAGCUUUGUCUUCCUCACCUUCGAAGUCAAUUAACGUUGUGUGUGCGAAUGCCGGGAUCAGUGGGCAGGAUGAUGUCUUUCUUGACAAGACGGAUGGGGAUGGUGAGCCCCUUGAACCUGACCUCUCGAUCGUGAACAUCAAUACUAUUGGUGUUAUGCUUACCGCGAAGUUGGCUUUGCACUAUCUCGCACAGGAGUCGGAAGGCAGUGAGGCUGGUGGGAAGUGUCUCAUACUCACGGCUAGCUUGGCUGGGUAUCUGGAGCUGCCUGGUUCGCCACAGUAUACGGCGUCCAAGUUUGCGGUCAGGGGCUUGAUGAGGAGUCUGCGGCUUACGGCUCCGAUGAAAGAGGUCAGAGUCAACUUAAUCGCGCCUUGGUACAUCAACACGCCUAUCAUGUCCCAAGAAGUAGCAGACAAGAUCAAGUCAAAGGGUAUCGAGUUCGCGACCAGAGAGGACGCCGGGGCUGCGGUAUUGCAUUUGGCUUCAGAUCAGUCCUUGAGUGGUAGGGCGGUUGCGAUAGUCACGCAUGAUGUAGACUCGAGAGGGUAUAUGGAUUUGGGAGGUCUGCAUGUAGAUGAUUAUGAUGAUCAAGCUGGGUUUCUGGCGGAUGUGACGAGGCAGGUACGAGGCAGUGGGCAUCGUAUCGGCGCGAAGUAG